GCCUUUUUAGACUAGGAAUGAUAAUGUCAAACUUGUUCUACUUUUAUUCCAAAAAAUAUUAGGAAACAAAACUCGGCUUUCCCAGCAAACUGGGUGAUCUUGUGUGCUGUGGAUUUUUAACAUUCUUCCCUCUUGAUUUUCAACUUGAUUUGAAGGCGAGUUCGUCCAGGAAGACGAUGCUGAUCGAAUCAUAAAAAGAUCCGAAAUGCCCAGCAGUCUCAUAGAAAAGGUUUGUCUCUUGUCUUCAUGUAAAGGUUUCUUAUUUUUAUACAUAUAGGUUCAAUCAGAAUUCAAUUGGUUGUGGGAAUUCCACCCUUUACAUAAAAACUGAAAUCCUGUUUCUGCAAGGAAUAGCUUCAGAUACUUACAUAUAUACUUGUUCCUUAUUAAUUUUCAUUAGUUGUAAGAAUUACGCUUUCUUUUUUGCUUUAAGAAUGGCCGUGUCUGAGCAAGACAGUGUUUUCGACAAGCUUGCAUACCUUUCUCUGGUCUCCAGGAUUUGCAUAGAGCUUGAAAAUCAUGAUGGGGGUCUUGGAGACAAAGUCUUGGCAAAGUUGAUAGCCGACAUGGGACGAAACUGUGAGGCAGCGGACGAGUUCCAUAAAGAGUUGAAGCAAAACGGUAUUGACAUGCCUGAAAAUGUCAUGUCUAUGUUGUUAACAAUUAUUCACUCUGUUCUUCCUCCUACAAAGGUUUCUGAGAAGAACAAAAUCCCAGACAUGGCAAUUAACAAUAGCAUGCAAAGGCAUCGAGAUGACAAAAGAGGUCAAAGUGAGCUUAGGCGUAGAAGGAGGCAUAGAAAUUCACAGCAGAAUAGGAACUUGCCAAUAUACAAGUUGAAGAAUGAGCUUAUUCAAGCUGUGCAUGAAAAUCAGGUUCUUGUUGUCAUCGGUGAGACUGGUUCGGGCAAGACAACUCAGGUAACACAGUAUCUUGCUGAAGCAGGUUACACCACAAAGGGCAAGAUUGGAUGUACUCAACCCCGUAGAGUUGCGGUGACGUCUGUGGCCAAGAGGGUUGCUGAAGAAUUUGGUUGUGGAUUAGGGGAGGAAGUGGGGUAUGCUAUUCGUUUUGAAGAUUGUACUGGACCAGAAACUGUGAUCAAGUACAUGACUGAUGGGAUGCUCUUUAGGGAGAUUUUGGUUGAUAAUGAUCUUUCUCAGUACUCUGUGAUCAUGCUUGAUGAAGCUCAUGAAAGAACAAUCUACACUGAUGUCCUCUUUGGAUUGCUGAAGCAACUUGUGAAACAACGUCCUGAUCUUCGCUUGAUUGUCACCUCUGCCACAUUGGAUGCUGAGAAGUUUUCGGCUUAUUUCUUCGACUGUAAGAUAUUUACUGUUCCUGGUAGAACUUAUCCUGUAGAAUUGUUCUACUUGAAUCAGCCUGAAAGGGAUUACUUGGAUUCAGCUCUAUUAACUGUUGUGCAGAUUCACUUGACAGAACCUGAGGGUGACAUACUUCUCUUCUUGACUGGUGAGGAAGAGAUUGAAUCUGCUUGUCAGUCUCUGAAUGAGAAGAUGAAAGAAUAUGGCAAAGGCGUUCCAGAAUUGAUCAUUCUACCGGCUUAUGGUGCUCAACCUAGUGAAGAACAGGCAAAGAUAUUUAAGCCUACUCCUCCAGGGAAGAGAAAAGUGGUGGUGGCUACCAACAUUGCUGAAGCUUCUUUAACCAUUGAUGGGAUAUUUUAUGUCAUUGAUUCAGGGUAUGCAAAGCAAAAUGUGUAUAAUCCGAAGAAAGGGAUUGAUAUGUUGACUGUAACUCCAAUUUCACAAGCAUCAGCCAAGCAACGAGCUGGACGUGCUGGGCGGACAGGACCAGGCAACUGUUACCGCCUUUACACUGAGGCUGCAUUUAAGAAUGAGAUGUCGCCUACUACAGUUCCAGAAAUCCAGAGAACAAAUCUUGUAUAUACCACGCUUAUGAUGAAAGCAAUGGGGAUAAACGAGGUCCUAUCUUUUGACUUCAUGGAUCCACCGCCUUCCCAAGCGCUUAUUUCUGCUUCUAAACAGCUGCAAAAUCUAGGAGCAUUGGAUGCAGAGGGGUCGGUGACAAAAUUGGGUAGUAGAAUGGCAGUGUUGCCUCUAGAUCCACCUUUGUCGAAAAUGCUGCUUGCCAGUGUGAACCUCGGAUGCAGUGAGGAGAUUUUGACCAUCAUUGCAAUGGUUGAGGCUGGCAAUAUCUUCUACAGGCCUAGAGGAAAACAAGCUGAAGCUGAUCAGAAAAGGGCCAGGUUCUUACAAUCUGAGGGAGACCAUCUGACUUUACUUGCUGUUUAUGAGGCAUGGAAAGCUAAGGAUUUCUCUGUACCCUGGUGUUCUGAGAACUUUGUCCAGUUUCGGUCACUGAGCAAGGCUCGGGAUAUCAGGAUACAGCUUCUUACUGUCAUGGACAAGCAUGAAUUAGAGGUUGUAAGUGCAGGAAAAGAUCGCACAAUGAUCAGAAAGGCGAUUGUAGCUGGAUUCUUCUUCCAAGUAGCUAAAAGGGAUCCACACGAGGGUUAUAGAACCUUUGUUGAUAAUCAGCUAGUUUUUAUCCACCCGAGCAGUGCUCUUUUCCGGAGACAACCAGAUUGGGUCAUCUACAAUGAGCUGGUGAUGACCACAAAGGAGUACAUGCGCGAGAUCAGUGUUAUAGAAUCUAAAUGGCUCAUGGAACUGGUGCCGGGAUUUUUUAAGGUAACAAUUCCUCCAAGGAUGAACAAGCGGAAACGACAAGAAAUUGAACCACUUAGUAGACAGUGUGCUUCAUAUGUGGAUCUGAAGUUGUAAAUAGUACUCUUGUUGGCAAAGCAUGUAGAUAUUGUUGUCAAAACUUUGUAUUCAGAGUACGUUUACUUUACCCGCUGAAAGGUAGGGAAGACAAGGCUAUUAGCAUCAAGGAGAUCAAGGAGUGUGCACGAAACUAGAGAAAGAGAGAGAUGGCAGCAGAGAAAAUCAGAGAAGCAUAUCCAAUGAAAGGUGGAGAUGGCCCCAAUGGCUAUGCCAAGAACUCUACUUACCAGGUUCUGCUUAGUUUACCCAAUAUGAAUUCUACUUAGUUUGACUCUAAUAUUUAGUUCAUUGUAAUUUUUAGAAGCAUUUGAUGGAUAUAAGCAGUUAGUAGUAGCUAACCCCUUAUUUACUAUAUAUAAAACGUCAGUUAACUGUUCAUAAGCCGUUUCACUAUUCAUAAGCCGUUUACUGUUCAUAGCCGAGCCAAAUUCUCGGGAAGCCUCCAUCCAAAUCAAGCCGAUCUGUACUCUUCGGGAAGCCUCCAUCCAUAUAAACAGCAAAGCCGAUCUGUACUCUUCGGGAAGCCUCCAUCCAAAUCAAGGUUCCACUGUUAACUGACAACUUCAGAGUCGGUGAUCAAGAACAAGAACAGUGACAACUUGGUCAAACUUUAGUUCUUUCAAAUUGAUGUCAACAUCAUCGUUAUUAUUCAUCUAUUAGUCAUAUACCCAAACUGAUUUCGUUGAAAUUCUUCUUCUUGCAGUCAACAUCAAAGUCCAAGCAAUCAAUUAGAAAAAAGGAGGAUGGGUCACUUUCAGUUUUUUUUUUUUUUUUUUUUUCUGCAGAAAGACGAUCACAUUCGACGAGCCUCAAGACGAGCUCGAGUCCACUUUAUCCAAGGCUAUCUACAAUCUAGAGACGUCGAUGAUUAAGAAGAAGAACGACUGAGAGCUAGAGAGAGAGUGAGAGAGAGAGAGAGAGAGAGAAAUAGCGUGUGUUUGUUUGGUUUGUACGAAUAUCAAAUGGAAAUUCUCUGCUCAUCAUCUGAAUUCGGGGUCAAUUGGGUUUUGAUUUCAUCUUAUUUUUGAGAUUUCGUUCCCACCUUUACUUCUUUUCUGAUUCAUUUUUUUCUUAUAUUGCUUUUGCAGGGAAGUUUGAGUAUCUUAGAGGCAAAGGUUGCGAAUUUGUAGGUAAUUGGGUUUUGAUAAUGUUAUGGGCUCAAGCAGGGUUGAUGAGGAUGCUGAACCUGUUUUAAAAUAUGGACACAGAUUGACCGAAUGGGGAGAAAUGAUACAGCUGUGGAAGAGGAAGUUAGAUAUCGGUUUAGUAUUGUCAUUUGCACUACAGGAAAUCAUUCAUACAAGACAAUGCUCAGAGAGAUUCACCCUUAAUAUUUGAACUCGAGGCUACUUUGAAUUGGCAAGGUUCCUUUGCAGGUGGAAUUAGCAAGAAUUUUUUUUUAAAGGAUGAAAGACCUGUAGAUUUGGAAGGUACUUGGGUGAGCCAGUCAGAAUUGUCAGGAAGCUGUUGCAGCCUGGGGUCUAUCUGAAAUUGAUUGUUUUGGGUCUUGAGGGGGGGGACUGGAACCAAUCAACUUGGCGGUUGAAAAUGAAAUCCAUCGUGCAGUUUGUGGUCGAGCUGGAAGUGUUAAUGCCAUAGGAAAUUAUGCUCCGACUUACAUUCCAGGAGUCCUAGCUGACCGUGAAUGAGCUUAAAGGUUUAGACCAAUUGAUGUGAAAUUGGCAAGAUUUUUAGUACUUUUGCAGGGAUUUUCUUCUUGAAUUGUUCCCCACAAUGUCGUAACCACCAACCUAAGUGCUCACUUAUUGACUGACUUCAACUGUCAUAUCAUUCACGAGGCAUCAGGCAAGCUAUGGUGCUGCAUUUCCUGACUCCCCACAUUUCUUUGAAGUAUUAACACUUGCUCUAUCAUUUUUGGUAAGAAGAAGAAAAAAGCUGAUGCAUGUAGGACAUGGAUUCCACUUAUGGGACUAAGAUUGGUACAACUUCAAAAAUGGCAAUGAUGCACUGAACCUCAGGAGUGAUCCAAGAUUUUGGUCAAUUUUUAGAAGAAGUGGCUGCUAAAUUUCAAUUAUCUAAAAUUCUUAUCUAAAAUUCUGCUCUUGACUGAGUUUUUUCUUUCUACAUUUUGUGUAUUAGUAUAUUAACAUGUGAAUGAAAAUAAUUUGGCUUUAAGUUUCAAUUUUAAUGGAGAUCAAACGAAUGACAUCCCCUGUUA